AUGUCUUACAUUGUGUUUCCUUUGGUUCAGUCGCAAUACCUAGCAACCCCUCUAGCGAAAACGAACGGUCGGAUUGCUAUUGAAGGAUGCUGCCAUGGUGAGCUUGAUAACAUUUAUGGAACCAUCAAACUACUAGAACAACGAGAAAACUGCAAGAUAGAUCUAGUUUUGAUCUGUGGUGACUUUCAAGCCAUUCGCAAUACAAGUGAUAUGGAGUGUAUGUCAGUUCCUCCAAAAUUUAGAGAACUGGGUACAUUUUGGAAGUAUUAUUCAGGUCUAGCAAAAGCACCAUACCCCACUAUAUUUAUUGGCGGAAACCAUGAGGCCAGCAAUCACUUGUGGGAACUUUAUCAUGGAGGAUGGGUGUGUGAGAACAUCUAUUAUCUUGGACAUGCAGGUGUCAUAAACUACAAAGGUGUUCGCAUUGGAGGAAUCUCGGGUAUUUUCAAAUCAAAUGACUAUAGAAAAGGUCAUUAUGAGACUUCUCCAUAUACCCCUCAAACCAUCAAGAGUGUUUAUCAUGUUAGAGAUUACGAUGUACAGAAAGUAUUACAGAUCCAGAAACCAGUUGACAUCUUCCUUUCCCACGACUGGCCUAGAGGCAUUGAGCGUUUUGGAGAUGUUGGAGAGCUUUUGAGAGUCAAGACGUUCUUUAGAGAAGAAGCACGCACAAAUACACUCGGAAGUCCCGCGAACGAACAGAUCCUUACAAAGAUCCAACCUGCUUGGUGGUUUGCUGCUCAUCUGCAUGUUAAAUUUGCAGCAUUAGUCGAUCACGAGAACGAAUCACCAAAGAUCACGAAAUUCCUUAGUCUUGAUAAAUGUCUGCCACGUAGACAGUUUUUGCAAGUCAUAGAUGUACCCUCUGAUGAUUCUGCUCAUGGGUUCUCUUAUGAUCUAGAAUGGCUAGCGAUCACAAAAAGCAUGCAUCCUUAUCUCAGCGUUGAACGUCAAGAAUAUAGACUUCCUAGUAACGAAGACAUUCAAAUACGAUUGUCAAUUGUAACAUAUUAUCUGCCCAUCGUCGUGCAGACUAUUGGCCUGAACCUCUAGCUUUCAAACCUGAGCGCUGGCUUCCGGAUUAUGAGCACAAGCCCGCUCUUGAUGCCUAUCAUCCUUUCAGUUCAGGAUCGCGAAAUUGUAUAGGAAAAAGCUACGCAUUGAACGAGAUGCGCCACACUAUUGCAAUGAUUAUCAAAAAUUAUGAGAUCAAGCCAAUUCCUGAAGAGAUGGAGGCUUCCAAGAACAUAUGCGGCUUCUUAACAUUGACUGUAAGAUCCGGUAGUUUCAAGAUUCAGCUGAAGCCAAGAAGUGCAUAAUAAAAAAAGCACACUAUCAAUAAUUUAUUAUACCAUAUCAAAUAAUCAACUUUUAGUUUCAAUAAUAUUACUUCUUUUUCUUUUAUAUUUCUAGUUAAUUUAAUAAAGACCAUAUAUAUACAUCUU